AUGUCUACAAAAGAUGCCCCUCCAGCUCAAAAGAACUUCACAGUCGUGGUGCCAAUGGCCGUUCAAGCCUUGGUCGUUGCAGAAGACUUUCCUCAAACCGAUGCUCAAUUCGCUCCUCUCAUCGAACCAGAUUAUGCAACACUACUCCAACAUGCUGAGGCCAGUGCUCCUUCGCAUGAUCUUAUGGAUGACUUGAAUCUAUCAUAUUGGCGCAUGCAAGCACGAUACAGCUCAAGAUUUAUCAAUCCAAGGACUGGAGAGGUGCAUUCACAACGCUGCGGGGUGUAUUUAUCUUGGUGUCUGCCACGGCUAUAUCGUACUGCCAUCACCGCAACGGAGAGUGCCAUGGCCCCGAUGCAGGGCUUGAAGGGAGAGAAAAUGAACAAUUGGGAGUCCCGAAAAGCUCGGGCAGGCUUCAAGUGUGGUGAUGCCGUGAAAGCACAUAAUAUUCACGAUGAGGCUGUACAGUUCAGGCCGUCCCCAGAUCGCUGGAUCAUCGUCCGUCAAGUUCGCAACAAACCAGAACUAUCAAAGCAUAUCUUAGUCGAGAGCAACCGUAUUCGCAAGAUCAAUGAAGGCGAUAUAGACGAGGAUUUUGAGUUAAGCACUUGCCCAGCAAUGGAUCCCUACCGCAAUAUCGAGGAUCAGCCGUUACUACGAAUGGGACGAUCGAGUCCGCUUGCAGCCGAAUCUGAGACAAAAAGAGCAGAACCUUGUUACAAGACACCAUUCAAUGCUUUUGAACUGGGGCACGAGUAUUUUGCCGACUAUGCGCCGCACAAUAUGGGUGUCUUUUCAUAUUUCGACAACCUGGAUGGUAUUGAUGAAGAGCUCGUCGACUACUCUGUUAUUGGAUUUCACUCGUCUGCAACAGAAUCUGAUCCCUUCACUUUUGCCGAUGCUGACAAGCUUGUGCCUGAAGCAAAUGAUGAAGAAGAGCCUGAAUUGAUGAGUAACAAAGAACUCCUUGAUGCGCUCCAUCUCAAGGUCGAUCUCGACUCAGUUAUCGGAACCAGCUUUUCGAGAACUUCCGCAAGCAUCGUUGGUCGCACUCUCACUCAAGGAGUCUUGCGAAAUGUCAGAUGGAACAGAAAGGUUUCACAAGGCUUUCGAUGGCCAGCUGCCUCAUUGCAGAGACAGAUGUACGCUGAGCAUCCUAUCGCCAUUGGGACUCAUAUGCUGGAUGCGCUCGAGGCUUACCUGCACUUAUCCAUGGCUGCCACUUCUUCGACAAACGCCAAGAAUCCUUCCAGUCUGUCUGGGAUAGUCAUUCGUAUCAUGGCGGAGAAAGAUGAUCCUGACUCUCUUCGAAAGGCUGCUGAAGAUGCCGCAACACAGUCCUUCUUGGCAAGACCUCAGGGAAUUGCUUGGGCACUUCCCAAAGAUGAGAGUGAGUCUGAGGCAAAUGGGGGUAUAGACACUCUAAUUCCGCAAUUACAUGUGCUCAACCAGGGACAGCGAGUUCUUGAUACAUGCAGUCGAGAGUGUGAGCAGCUCAGGCAGCGUCUUUUCAACUGUUGGUGGAAUGCGGCCAGCCUUCGAAAGAUUCCCCUGGAAGAACAAGAGUCAUUGAGAAAGAAGAUCAGGUUAGAGGCAGAGAAGGUUACAGAAUGCUUGACUGAGCUUAAGCUGUACACUAUGUCGAAUCUAAUUACAGUCGAAAAGGCCAAGGCAGAUCUGGAAAAGCUAUUGCCCCGCGGAAAGAAGCUCAUUCCAACUCCUACAGCUCCUUUCGGCCAGCACCAAGAUCCAAAUGUAUUAGUAGCCGGCGCGAAAUCUGGAUGGCCUGAAAAGUUUAACGACACACUGUCUGUGAGGUUGGCGAGCCAGGUUUCUCCCGAUGCUCCCACUGCUGUCACAUCCUCCGAGGAAUGGCUUAAGGAUGAGAGAAUCAAAAGCAUCUCCAGACCCGUUCUGGCUCUUCUGAGAGAGCUUGAGUCACCUUCUUCUAAAGGGGGACUCAAUCCAUAUGAGGCCGUGAACGACAUGAACAAUACACAAGGGUGGUUUCCUUUAUUUUUGGAGUGGGAGCUGGAAUACUACCACGUCCCUUUUGAGUGGUGGGAGUUGGAAAAUGACGAUGGAACUUGUAAUUGGAGAUACACCCUUCCACAGGGAAAGCUGUCGCUAGCUGCUGAUGAGACAGUUGGUAACGACAUGCGUGUCAUCAGUGGCCGAACAGCCUUUCUUCCUGAGCCAGGUAAAUCCUUACAUGCGAGACUAGAACAGUUGUUUGCACAAACCCCAACGAAGAACGAUAAGGUUACAAGGCAGAGGACAGAGAUGCUCGGUGCAGUAUCGGGACUUGAAUACUUCUCCUCAAGUUUGUCUGGGUUUUCAGAUCAUCUUGUGACGCUACUCAGAGGACAUCAUCCAAGACCUGUGGCAGGGGAUGAUAUCGUGAGAAGGAUCUUGAACGUUGACGACACAGCUAUGAAAGAAUUGGAGACCAACGGACCGGCGAAUCUAGCGCCCUAUGGAGUUUCGACACCGCUACCACCAUCCUACACGGCCAAUUUCAGCCCCUUCAAGCCUGUAACCCACGGUCAAGCGCGGUUUACAAAGUUUGCCAUUGUUGACAAAUUCGGUCAAGUUGUAUCGGGUAUUCGCCUCGGUCCAGGUGGAGACGGCGCCAUGUAUCCAAGCAUAUCACCCAGUCUGGCUUGCCAUGUUAUCCCAGCGCUCCAGGGGGAUAAUGAGUCCGACUACUGGCCAAACACAGUCGUCGCGGCUGAGAAGGAUCCUGGGCUGUGCCAAUUCUUUCAGAUUCCACCUCGUAUCAAUCAGCCAGCUCGACUCAACACGCAUUUCCUUAAACCUAUCUCUGACCUGGAAUUUCAAAGUGCUGGGACACCACUCCGACAUAUCGCCAGUGAGUGGGAUAACCCUGUUUGGGCCUGGGUGCUACCGAACUUUCACAACCACGGCAUUCAAGUUUAUGCUCCAGAAGGAGACUUUGUAAUUGAAGUGCUGCUCAUUGACAAGAUGGCUGUUGCGUCAGACGAACCUGUUAAAGCAAGUGAGCAUUUUGUUCCCACUGGUCGUCUAGCAGCUUUUGUAGAUGCAUUAAGCCAUUAUGAGUUUUGCCACUCUCUCUUCGACAUGCUUGCCGGUGCAAAUGAUAGCACAUCAGCCACCGAAGCUGACGUCGACAUGGCUCUUCCCGCUGCCCUCGGCCGUCCAUUCUGUAUCGCUGAUGUGGGACUAUCCAUUGAACUAAGCGCACCGCCGCUUCAGGAUGCUUCUUUACUAUCAACCGUUGACUCUGAGCGACAGCUAGACCAAUACAGCUUUCCCGUCGUGCUGGGCAACCACAGAGCAGGUUUUGACGGGUUGGUCGGCACUUUUAAUGCUACUGGACCUAUUCAUAAGAUCGAAUCAUCGUUCGAUCGUGAUGGAAGGCCAUUGACAUCAUCCAGCCCUGGCAUUGGGACAAAGCGAAGGCCUGAGGAUGAACACCCACAGCCACUUUACCUCAAGCCUUACUUUCUAGAGGGAACAUUGGGGGGAAAGCUUGAGGAGAAGCACCUAAGGAAGUUAACUUCCAUCAGUGCGAUCAUGGACCCAAAGAUGCCCAUUCAUGUUUACUCUGGCUCACUAUUCCCCGUGGGCUCGAUAUCACUGCCUCGAUGGUUUGUCGAGAAGUCUCUUGGUAGACUACGCGCAUUCUUCACCAUUGGACCAAUUCUCAUACCAACCAUGCCAUUGUCUGAGGAUUCAGCUCAGAGGUCCGAUGGAAAAGGUCCCGAGUCAACAGUUCAGAUGCCUUUGGGAGGUGGAGACGGUUCCAGUGCAUGGCGAUGGCUGCAGCCGAGAAAAGAGAUGGACCGAGAGAGCAAGAAGGCCAAGACUAAAUGGUAUGAGAUAGGUAUUAUGCCAUUGGAUAAAAAGCUAAAGGUCGAUAGUGCUGAUGAAAGCCAAUUAGUAGAGGGUCAUGUUAUAGUAAGGGUUAUAAAAGAAAAGAAAAAGUAA